AUGGGCGAAAUUACGUAUUCUGCUGCAAAAGAACUCGAAACUAAUGUCUUGCAUUCGUUGGGCUUUUUGGACCAGCAGAAUAAAUAUUUUGAAGAUUUACCCUGGAAGAGCCAUGUCAUUGAAGCUGUGGUGGCACACCAUCUCAACUUGGUUUCCACAGGCUGCCACGUUGCGGAUCCAAAGGAGUGGCUCUCCGGAACCUUUAAUGUUUGCAUCCCAAUCUAUGUUGAUAACAAACAGGAUCCCAGUUUUCUUCUCCGUCUUCCACUGCCACACAGGGUGGGAGAGAAUGUCAACCCAGGGAACGCUGAUGAGAAAAUCCUUUGUGAAGUUGGCACCUAUAUCUGGCUCCAGCACAACUGCCCUGAAGUCCAUACCCCGCGACUGCAUGGAUACGGGUUAUCAAAUGGACAGAAGUUUACUGCUCUCAACAACCUUCCUUUCUUGACUCGUUUCGUGGAAUUCUUCCGCCACCACUUUUUAAAAUUCCUUGGGUACCCAGUCCCAUCCAAAUAUGUCGCUCACAAGAGCAAGUUGAGAGAGUCAUUAGGAGUCGGAUAUCUCCUGAUUGAAUACAUUGAUACGUCACGCGGCAAAAUGCUGUCUGAGUCGUGGGACCAAGGACGGCACAAUGCUCAAUUACGAACGAACCUUUUCCGAAGCCUGUCUGAUAUCAUUCUGGCUGUUACACGUACUCCUCUGCCGAAGAUUGGUUCUUUCAUUGUGGACGAAAAAGGUCUUCUGAAACUAACGAACAGGCCCCUUACCCUUGAAAUUCAGGAUCUUGAAAAUGAGCAUAUUCCUGUGGAUAUCCCGCGCGAGUUUACGUAUUCCACCGUAGACGCCUACAUCAAUGACAUCCUUGCUUUCCAUGAGAGCCGCCUCCGUCACCAACCUAAUGCGGUUAAUGAUGUUCAAGACUCUUUAUUCCAAAUGGCUGCUCUAACAGUGAUGAGAGCUGUUCGACACAUAUUCUUUUGCCCUGAACUUCGCCGAGGCCCAUUUUUCAUGAGCUUUACAGAUCUUCAUCAAAGCAACAUUUUUGUCGAUGAUAAGUGGAAUAUUACGUGCCUAGUUGACCUCGAAUGGGCCUGUUCUCGUCCAGUGGAAAUGAUUCAUCCUCCGUAUUGGUUGACAAACCAAUCUGUCGAUGGGAUUAAUCUUGGCGAAUAUGAGCGCCUUCACAAGGAAUUUAUGCAAGCUUUCGCAGAACAGAUGCUAAAACAUCCUCGUCAAUCUGGGGGACAACUCCAUUCCAUACUCCAGGAAGGACGGAACAAAGGCACGUUUUGGUACGCCCUUGCACUUGAUAGCCCGACUGGACUUUUUCGAAUCUUUUACGACCACAUACAACCGCGAUUCUCAAAAGAUCAUAUAAAUGAUGCAGCAUUUUUCCGGAUCACUAUGGAUUACUGGACUAUCAAUGCAGCCAAAUUUAUCCAGCAAAAAGUGAAAGACAAAGAACAGUACGAUCAGCUAUUGCUCGAAGCUUUUGAACAAUCUUCCCCGGAUCGGCCCAUGUAUCAAUAAUACCAGUCACCUUCCUCCUGUUGCCCCGUGCCGCUGGGUACCUCCACCCUCACUGCUCCCCUGAUCAUUUUCGCGAGCUUGCAGAUCUCUUGCUGCAGUGUCAAGAGAUGCCAGCGCAUUUUGGAUUCAUUUCUGCUGGGCGCUUCUCCCUGAUGAAGAAAGUUGGUUAAGGGUUUUGGGGUCGCCUUUAAUGCCCACUUUCGCUUCUUCAAUGGUAGCAUUAUAAGACGAGUCCGACCGGCGAUCGGCCAUUUUCUA